CUAUUUUUUUAUACACCCUUCACAACAAAAUCUUAAAAAACUAAAAUCCGAACUCGAAACAUCAAAAAUGGCUACUCCCUUAAUAGCCGGACUUGCGGUGGCGGCGACUGCUUAUGCAGGGAGAUAUAGUCUUCGUGCUUGGCAGGCAUUUAAAGCAAGACCAGCGACAGUUAAAAGUCGAAGAUUUUAUGAAGGUGGGUUUCAACCUGUUAUGACCAGGAGAGAAGCCGCUCUGAUUCUUGGUGUCAGAGAAAGUACUCCAACUGAAAAGAUUAAGGAAGCACAUAGGAGGCUGAUGGUUGCGAAUCAUCCAGAUGCCGGUGGUAGUCAUUACCUUGCAUCAAAGAUCAAUGAAGCAAAAGAUAUGAUGCUCAGGAGAACCAACAAUGGUAGCUUUUGAAGGCGUUGAGACUACUAUGAGAACAGUUUGAUCUUAUAUAUUGCAAAAAUUUAUCAUUCCAAUAAACGUGUUUGUUCAACAAUUGUAAAAUAGUUGUAAAAACUAUUAACUUUUAUAUAAA